ACCCCGGCGUGUCCGCGGACCAGCCAGCCUCGGCCACCGUCCCCGGGCAGGCUCCGCAGAUCCCUCCAGGCUCCUGCCUCCGCCCCGAUGAAGAAAACCAACAUGUGGUUCUUGGAGCGGCUUCGUGGGUCAGGGGAGAAUGGAGCUACGGGGGGCGAGGGUGGGGACAGGGCCGCCAAGGGUCCCCUGUACAGCAACGUGCUCACGCCCGACAAGAUCCCGGACUUCUUCAUCCCCCCGAAGCUGCCUACCGGCCCCACGGAGCCGGAGGCUCAGGCUGAGCUGGGGCCCUCGACCUCGGAGCAGAACCUGGCCUCUGCCGCGCCCCGCCGCGCCCCCCGGAGCCCCCGGCUGCCUGCCAAGCUGGCCGCCGAGAGCAAGAGCCUGCUGAAGGCGGCCACCAGGCAUGUGAUCCAGAUCGAGAGCGCGGAGGACUGGACCGCCGAGGAGGCCGCCACCAACGCCGACCUCCAGGCCCAGGGGGCCAUGUCGCUGCCCUCGGUGCCCAAGGCCCAGACGUCCUAUGGCUUCGCCACGCUGGCCGAGAGCCCCCACACACGGCGCAAGGAGUCUCUGUUCCAUAGCGAGCACGGGGCUCUGGCCCAGGUGGGCUCCCCGGGCACCCGGCGCCGUCGGGGGGGCGUCAAGGCCAACGGGGGCGAUGGGGCGCCCAGGGAGGCCGGCGGUGCCCUCAUGAGCCCCGGCCGCUGCGUCAGUGGCGGGGAGAGCGACACGGGGUCCUCGGCCGAGUCCUCGCCGUUCGGGUCCCCCCUGCUCUCGCGCUCCGUGUCGCUGCUCAAAGGGUUCGCCCAGGACAGCCAGGCCAAGGUGAGCCAGCUGAAGCACUCGGUGGGCCGCCACGGCUCCCCGUCGGCCGACGACAGCACGCCGGACACCAGCCCUAGGGCCCGGCGCCGCCUGGCCCGCAGGGCCACUCCGGAGCCCGGCCCCGAGCCCGGCGCGGCGCCCCGCGCGGAGCACGCUGUGCGCAUAGGCCCGCGGGGCAGCGUGCGGCUGCUGGCGGAGUAUGAGGCGGCCCAGGCCCGCCUGCGCGUACGCCUGCUGGCGGCCGAGGGCCUCUACGACCGGCUCUGCGACGCCCGCAGCAUCAACUGCUGUGUGGGCCUGUGCUUGGUGCCCGGCAAGCUGCAGAAGCAGCGCAGCACCAUCGUCAAGAACAGCCGCCAUCCCGUCUUCAACGAGGACUUCUUCUUCGACGGUCUGGGGCCGGCCAGCGUGCGGAAGCUGGCGCUCAGGAUCAAGGUGGUGAACAAGGGCAGCAGCCUCAAGCGGGACACCCUGCUCGGGGAGAAGGAGCUGCCCCUCACCUCUCUGCUUCCCUUCUUUUAAAGGCCCCCACGCCCCCUCCCGCCGGCAGAGGAGACCCCGCCCCCACCCGGAUCCGGCAGGGGAGGUGGUUUCCACUCAGGCUGCCCGGCCCUGAUGCUGCAGCCCAUGUUGGGGGUGUCCUGGGUCAUGCUGUUUUCCAGAGGAGAAGGGAGGGGGCUGCCGGGGAAAAGAAGGGGUCAGCUUGCAGGGCUGAGGGUCCCCCUGUGCCCCAAGUUCCAUGCCCCUGCCUCACCCCUUCCCGAGUUCUGGAACCUGGGCCAGGAGGCAGCUAAGGCCGAUCACAGACCCAGAGGCCGCCGGUCCUGAGGCCCAGUCAUAUCUUCUCCUCUGCUGCAUGAGUGUCCUCCUGCCACCGGCCUGCCAGACCCUGCCCCCCGCCCCCCCAGAGAUCAGGGCCAGGCCCAAGUUCUGCCCACGGUGCCCCUCGGGGCUGUGGGAGCGUCCCUCCUGGGGUGGGCUGGCUCUGGGCAGUCCUCGGUCCUCCCAGGCUCUGGAGGCGAGAGCCACGUCUGAGAGCCACUGCCUGGCAAAGACAGGCAGCCGUGGAGGAAGUCCCAGCAGAUGAAAAUGGGGGCAGUUGCUCCCCUCCAGCCGCUCGAGCGAGACAGCCCUCCUGUCAGCUGUUUUCCUCCAUCGCCUUCUCUACACGGGACCCUGUGGCCCUGCUGGACGUUGGGAUCUUCCCUCCCCUGGAGGGGUUGCUCAGAACGUACCCAGAGAGCAGAGCCAGCCCGGGGGCCCCGUUCCUCCCUGGCCCCUGCCCCCUCCGGUGCAUUACCCAGGAAGUGAUGCCCAGUGACUGAUGGCCUUGACGUUUACUCCACUCGUGUACAUAGGAUUUGGUUAGGGUGGGUGGGACAAAGGGGAGGCUGGGGAGACCCUGGUUGUGGCUUUUCCUGCUGCUAAAACAGCUGCGUGGGUUUAAUUGUGUCAGUUUGUGGGUCCUUGAAUGAUUUUUGUGGAGGUUUCCUGCUCAACGAAACAGAAACGAUACAGUUUGAAGCAGGGUCCAGGCAAGGCCAGCUCUGCCCCUUCACCUCUCCUGGGCUGCCUGCUGGGCGAGGAUGGACCCGGCCAGUCUGUGGGGAUCCUGGGGUGCCCCUCCCAGUCCAAACGUUGUCCCUCCUGGCUCUGGGUCUCCAGAUCAUCCUGGGGGAGGGAUGAAGGAGCAUGUUUCCCUCCAGCGCCCCCGGGGGCGGGGGGAGGAGCAUGUGUUCCCUUCUGCGCAUGUGGUGAGAUACCUGUGCACCCUUGAGGCCGAGAACGAAAGCCCUUGGCACUAGGGUCCCUUGCUGUGCCCCCUCCGGCCUCUGUCCUGGGCCUGCUCCCUUAGGCCCUCUGCUCCGGGGGACCACCGGGCCAGGCCUGUGGGUGGAGGGGGCAGACAGCCCUGCAUGGAGUGAGAUGCUCAGACUUUCAGCCCCCUUCUCUGACCCUGACCGCUCACAUCCCCGGCUUUCCUUCUGGGGGCCCCCAUUUUAUAGGCCCCAGCACUGUUUGACAUCUGUGUUUGAAAUUGACUGUGGGUACAUCUUUA